AUGGCUGGGAAGAAUCACACUGUCUUGACUGAGUUUUUCUUUAUCACAUUCACUGAACAUCCAGAGUUGGGGCUUCCUCUUUUCUUGUUUUUCCUUGGUCUCUAUGUCAUCACCUUGUUGGGGAAUUCAGGAAUGGUCAUUCUGAUAUGCACGGACUCCCGGCUCAGCACCCCCAUGCAUUUCUUCCUGAGCCACCUUGCUUCUGUGGACAUGUGCUACUCCUCAGUCACCACCCCUCAGGUGUUGGCCAUCCUGCUUGAGCAGGGACUGGUUGUCUCCUAUGAACGCUGUGCUGCCCAAUUCUUCUUCUUCACUUUCUUGGGUGCCAUUGACUGUUACCUCCUGGCUGUCAUGGCUUAUGACCGCUAUGUGGCUGUGUGCCAGCCUCUUCUAUAUGUGACUAUCAUGACCAAGAAGACCUGUGUGUUUCUAGUAGCUGCAGCUUAUGCUGCUGGCCUGUCUGCUGCCAUAAUACGCACUACAGCUGCCUUCACACUUUCUUUCUGUGGUGACAACAAGAUUGAUUUUGUCUUUUGUGACCUCCCACCCCUACUGAAGCUUGCCUGUGGGGACAGCUACACCCAGGAGAUGGUAAUUGUUGUCUUUGCCAUUUUUGUGCUCCCUGCCUGUAUGGUGGUGAUUCUGGUCUCUUACUUAUUUAUCAUUGGGGCCAUUAUGCGCAUCCCCUCAGCUGGGGGCAGAGCCAAGACAUUCUCCACAUGUGCCUCCCAUAUCAUGGCAGUUUCCCUUUUCUUUGGCACACUUAUCUUCAUGUACAUGCGGCGGAAUGAAGGGAAAUCCCUUCAGGAAGCCCGGAUAGUGUCUGUGAUGUACACAAUGAUCAUUCCUAUGCUGAACCCUCUCAUCUACAGCCUGAGGAACAAGGAGGUAAAGGAGGCCAUGAGAAAAGUCUUGAGGAGUAUAAAGGUCUUCAGGAGGGAGCUAGGUUGA